ACCUCCCAGUGCCCCUUUUCCCUGUAGGCUGGCAGCUGUCCCGAGUGCUUACCGAAGCCAAAUGCUUGGAGAGAGAGAGAGAGUAAGAAACCAGCUAUGAAUCCCUUCCAGAAAAAUGAGUCCAAGGAAACUUUUUUUUCACCUGUCUCCACUGAAGAGGUACCACCUCGACCUCCCAGACUUCCAAAGAAGCCACCUCCGAAAAUCUGUGGCUCCAACUAUCCACUGAGCAUUGUUUUCAUUGUGGUGAAUGAAUUCUGUGAGCGCUUUUCCUAUUAUGGAAUGAAAGCUGUGCUGACCCUGUAUUUCCUGUAUUUCCUGCACUGGAACGAAGAUACUUCCACAUCUGUAUACCAUGCCUUCAGCAGCCUCUGUUAUUUCACUCCCAUCCUGGGAGCAGUUAUUGCUGACUCAUGGUUGGGAAAAUUCAAGACAAUCAUCUCUCUGUCCUUGGUGUAUGUGCUUGGCCAUGUGAUCAAGUCCUUGGGUGCCUUACCAAUUCUGGGGGGACACAUAGUACACACAGUCCUAUCAUUGAUCGGCCUGAGUCUAAUAGCUUUGGGGACAGGAGGUAUCAAACCCUGUGUGGCAGCUUUUGGUGGAGACCAGUUUGAAAAACAACAUGAAGAGGAGCGGACUAGAUACUUCUCAGUCUUCUACCUCUCCAUCAAUGCAGGGAGCUUGAUUUCCACAUUUAUUACACCCAUGCUGAGAGGAGAUGUGCAGUGUUUUGGGGAAGACUGCUAUGCACUGGCUUUUGGAGUUCCAGGACUGCUUAUGGUAAUAGCAGUUGUUGUGUUUGCAAUGGGAAGCAAAAUGUACAAAAAAACACCUCCGGAAGGAAAUGUAGUGACUCAAGUUGUCAAAUGUAUCUGGUUUGCUAUUUCUAACCGUUUUAAGAACCAUUCUGGGGAGAUUCCAAAGAGACAGCACUGGCUGGAUUGGGCAGCUGAGAAAUACCCAAAGCAGCUCAUUACAGAUGUGAAGGCACUGACCAGGGUAUUACUCCUUUACAUCCCAUUGCCCAUGUUCUGGGCUCUUUUGGAACAGCAGGGCUCACGAUGGACCUUGCAAGCCACCAGGAUGAAUAGGAAUUUGGGUUUUAUUGUGCUUCAGCCUGACCAGAUGCAGGUGCUAAAUCCCCUUCUGGUUCUUAUCUUCAUCCCAUUGUUUGACCUUGUCAUUUAUCCUCUGGUCUCCAAGUGUGGAAUUAACUUCUCAUCACUUAGGAAAAUGGCUGUUGGCAUGAUCCUAGCAUGCCUGGCAUUUGCAGUUGUGGCAGUUGUAGAGAUAAAAAUUAAUGAAAUGGCUCCACCCCAGCCAGGUCCCCAAGAGAUCUUCCUACAAGUCUUGAAUCUGGCAGAUGAUGAGGUGAAAGUGACAGUGCUGGGAGAUGAAAACAAUUCUCUGUUAACAGAAUCCAUCAGAUCCUUUCAGAAAAUGCCACACCCUUCCAAACUCCACCUGAAGACAGAAAGCCAGAAUUUCCAAUUCCACCUAAAAUAUCACAAUUUGUCUGUCUACACUGAACAUUCUGUGGAAGAGAAGAAAUGCUACAGUCUGGUCAUUCGAGAAGAUGGGAAAAGUAUUUCCAGUAUGAUGGUGAAGGACGCAGAAAACAUAACAACCAAUGGGAUGACAGCUGUGAGGUUUGUUAAUACUUUGCAUAAAGAGGUCAAUAUCAACCUGGGUGCAGAUAUCUCCCUCAGUGUUGGUGAGGACUACGGUGUGUCGGCUUACAAAACGGUGCAAACAGGAGAAUACCCUGAGGUGCAUUGUAGAACAGAAGAUGAUGACUUUUCACUGAAUUUGGGUCUACUAGACUUUGGUACAGCUUACCUGUUUGUCAUUACUAAUAACACCAAUCAGGGUCCUCAGGUGUGGAAGACAGAAGACAUUCCAGCCAACAAAAUAUCCAUUGCAUGGCAGCUGCCACAAUAUAUACUGGUUUCAGCUGGGGAGGUCAUGUUCUCUGUCACAGGACUUGAGUUUUCUUAUUCUCAGGCUCCCUCUAGCAUGAAAUCCGUACUCCAGGCAGCCUGGUUGUUGACAAUUGGAGUUGGGAAUGUCAUUGUGCUUGCUGUAGCACAGUUCAGUGGCCUGGUACAGUGGGCCGAAUUCGUUUUGUUUUCCUGUCUCCUGCUGCUGGUUUUCCUGAUCUUCUCCAUCAUGGGCUACUACUAUGUUCCUGCAAAGUCAGAGGAUAUUAAGGAGCCAGAAGAUAAACAGAUUCCCCCUAUCCAAGAGGAUAUGACCAAUCUGGAGAUCAAUAACACAAAACUGUAAUGACUCCCAAGACUCUGCCCCAGCCCAAAUUCCUGACCCUGGUCUUAGUCAUCACCGAAUUUUAAGCAUUUUUUUUCUCCUAUUUGGUAAGGAGUCAGAGGUAGCAUCAUAUCUGAGCUGAUCUCCUCAACUUUUCUCCCAUGAUAGAGGAAAUUCUGGAAUUUGAAGUACAUUAAAGAGCAAAGCCCCUGAGACUCUAUGUCUUCCUAUGUAUCAGUGAACUCAGUAAACCUGUGUAGUGUUUGUGAAGCUGGCCUGUGUAGUGUUUCAAAUGGCCAUGAAAAUACAAAAGUAUGAUUGAGAUUAGUCUCUGUGGUUAUGCAAAAUUAUGUGAGAAUUCCUUUACCUACUAUUUAGAGCUGAUGACCCCACUUUCUGAGAUGCCAAUUUAGGGGCAAAAUUGCAGAAACGGAGAAAUAGUAGUUCACGUUUCUUCAUAAGCAAUGUCAUUGAAUACUCACAGAGACUUCGAGAAUUGGUAUAUAUGGUGUGAUCUUGUCCAGGGGCUGGCUUAUCAGCUAUCCAAGUUUGAUAAAACCUUAAUAAAUUUUUCAGUACAGAAUGAUACUUUAUUAACCCAGUAGAAGAUAUAUCUUUAUUAUAAUUAUAGUAUUUUAUCUACUAUCUCAAACAUCCCUUUCUCAGAGCUGAUAGGUAUUUGGAAAUCAACUUAAACAUAGUAAACAUUGGUAAAUAUAGUUCUGGGAAAUAGAAAUGGCUAUAAAUUGUAGGCAUCAUGAUGAGUUCUUCUUCAGUAGACAUUCUUCUGAGGGACUACAAUGCUUCAGCACUGGUUUAUGUCUUUCUGUAGAUAGUUGUGUAUAUACUAACUAGAAUUUUGAAACCCUGUCUUUUCAAUGUUUUGGGGCCAGACUCUUCUCAUUAUUAUAUUAUGUCUUACUUAUUGCAACAAAUAUUUAAUAACAGCAAUCUUUUUAUGAAUCCAUCUUCCUUUUUUAUUAUUACUCUCCUCAGCCUCAAAUAAGGAGCUCCAUUUUGAUAACGUUUCUUGUUUUACUUUCCUCACAAUUUUUAAAUGCCAUUUCUUUAUUUAGCUUGGAAAUUUCUUGCUUAUUAAAAAAAGUUAUAUUAAUACUCUA